AUGCCGCCGCCCGGCUUACCUUUCCCAUUUCCACCACAAACGCCUGAUGGCGCACCCAUGCCCCCAAUGCCUCCAUUGCCGCCCAUGCCGUUACCCCCUUCACCGCAACAACUACCAAUGCCAAUGCCGAUGCCGUUGUCGAUGCAGCAACCAAGAAUUCCCAUGGUAGUAAUGCCAUACUACUCCAAGAAUGAAAAAUCACCGACCAAAUACAUGAAGAAGAAACGACGAGUUCCAAAAAGGCAUUACGAAGAUUCAACAUCAGAUAGCGAGGCAUCAGAUUCAGGGUCAAAUGAUUUCGACUUCCGAGCUAAGAGAAGGCCGAGGAAAGGCAGGCGACAAGUUCUUACUCCAGUUGUUUCUUAUGUCACUAAGGAUGGGUAUGUGGUAUACCAGAAAAAAAUAAAAAAGGAAAGAGCAAAGGACUGGCUCGAAAUUGGAAAAAAGAAGAAUUUGAUUGGAAGUCAUGAGGAGAGUGGGGAAUUGUUGGAAGAAGUGAAACAUAGGUUACGACGCGCUAAAAAGCGAAGCCGUGAUGAUUAA